GCCAACCGAACAUAAAACUCCAGGUAGAAGAAUCUCGUUGAUGUAAAACGCGGCACACGAAGAAGAAGAAAAACUAGGGAAAAAGCAGGGUUUUAAAAGGUCAACAAGGAGGAAAAGGAAGCGUGGAAGGAUUAAAAAUGAAUAACCUUGACCCCGAAGAUGCCAUUUUCCUGGUUGAUGCGUUCCUGGAUGAAAGCAAGGGGGAUCAGCGUGGUGGACACACUAAAGAAGGGUCUAAACAAUCUACAAAGCUGUGUGUUUGGCUUGAUGAGGACGAUGGUCAACCUCUGCCAAAAAGACGUAGAGCUGGGGAGAAACAGAAGCGAGAUUCGGCUACUGUUUCUUCAGCAAGCGUUACACCCUCCUGUGCUCUUUCUACCAGCACAACUGAAGACACUGUGACCUUCGAAAAUUUAGACUCCCUCAUGCAAGAUGUCCGAGACCUUGUAGAAAGUGGUGCUGAACAACCUCUCCCGUCACACUGGAGGAACAGGCAAACUUCUUCUCUGGAGAAUUGGACAGUAAUGAGGCCCUUCAUGGUGAACAAUAUGUUGUCAUCUGAGAAGCCCAAGGAGGGGGUCUGCGAUCAUUGUGGACAAAAGGCUGCAGUAGUGAUGUGUAGGGACUGUUUACCGCGAUCACUCUUCUGCACAGACUGUGACCUUUCCACACAUGAGGACCUGGUGCUUCAUAACAGAGCAUCCAUGGUGGAGGGGUUCUUUAGACACCUGGCACCAUCCACUUUGGGAAAUUCUCCUAUCAUGAAAAAGGUAGUUUUUAAGUCUCCGGAUUUAUAG